AUGACAGGAAUAUAUAUAGUUGUGCAUCUAUCUAUCGCCCACACCGUUUCUCCCACCGUUCAAAAAACAACCUCAGCGGCAAAACCGGCACAGCCCCCUAACCCGCCGGUACACCAUAGCGUCGUUCCUCCGACACGCGCCGCACGCGACCCGUGGAGCCCCACCGCCGCCGCCGCCGCCGCCGCCGCCAGCACCGGCGAAGCAGCGCCAGCCCCGGACGAUCGCCCGCCGGGCCCGGCUGACCGCCGUCUUCCACCUCGCCUCCUGACACGUCCUGCGCUCCGUCGUCUUCCACGAGUCGCCGCACCGGCCGCAGACGGCGUUGACGGACUCGAGGUGGCACAUUCUUGGCUUGUGGUCUCUGUUCUCUCUCUCUCUCUGCACAAAAAUGGGGGGAAUGAGCAAGAGAGUAAGAAGUAA